GGAGAAAAGGCCGAACGAUGCUUCCUCCGUGGCGUUCGGCCACACAAGGUAGACGGCAGAGUCGUGGAACCAAAGAGGGCUGUCUCACGAGAAGACUCGCAAAGACCGGGCGCCCAUUUAACGGUGAAAAAGAUCUUUGUCGGUGGCAUCAAAGAAGACACUGAAGAGCACCACCUACGAGAUUAUUUUGAGCAAUAUGGGAAAAUUGAAGUGAUUGAAAUCAUGACUGACCGAGGCAGUGGCAAGAAGAGAGGCUUUGCUUUUGUGACUUUUGAUGACCAUGACUCCGUAGGUAAGAUUGUCAUUCAGAAAUACCACACUGUGAAUGGCCACAACUGUGAAGUACGAAAAGCCCUGUCGAAGCAAGAGAUGGCCAGUGCCUACUCCAGCCAAAAAGGUCGAAGCGGUUCUGGAAACUUCGGUGGUGGCCGAGGUGGCGGUUUUGGUGGGAAUGACAACUUUGGUCGGGGCGGAAACUUCCGCGGCCGUGAUGGCUUUGGUGGCAGCCGCGGUGGUGGUGGAUAUGGCGGUAGUGGGGAUGGUUAUAAUGGAUUUGGUAAUGAUGGCAGCAACUUUGGAGGUGGUGGAAGCUACAAUGAUUUUGGCAACUACAACGGUCAGUCUUCCAAUUUCGGACCAAUGAAGGGAGGGAACUUUGGAGGCAGAAGCUCUGGUCCUUAUGGUGGUGGAGGUCAAUACUUUGCCAAACCACGAAACCAAGGUGGCUAUGGUGGCUCAAACAGUAGCAGUAGUUAUGGCAGUGGCAGAAGAUUUUAAAUGACUACCAGGAAACAAAGCUUAGCAGGAGAGGAGAGCCAGAGAGGUGACAGGGAAG